AUGGCAAUCAGAAGAAUCAGAAGAGAAAUUAAUGAUGAAUGUUUAUUGUAUCAUGAACCUGAAGUUAAUUUUUGGCCAAAUGAUCCAAAUGAUCUUUUUAAUUGCAGAGGAGUGAUCAUGGGUCCUAUAAACUCUGUUUAUGAAAAUGGAAUGUUUUUCUUAAAUGCUCAAUAUCCUGCAGACUAUCCUUUUAAGCCGCCAAAAAUUGCAUUCACAACUAAAAUUUAUCAUCCUUGUAUCAGCUCUAAAGGAGGAAUAUCAUUGGGUAUAUUGAACUGUGAUUGAUCUCCUGCCCUAACUAUGCAUAAAGUUUUAAGUUUAAGUUUAACGAUAACUCUUCCUUAAAUCCUGUUCUUGAAUCGUCUUCGCCCGAAUUGGACCAACUCUGAGUAACGGUGGGAAAACGGGCCGACCUUUAGACUUGACAUCCAAUUUCCUAACCCAUCAGGACUCACAGCCUCGACCAGACUCAGCCAAGGCAUCUUCACUUUUAGCUAUAACUCUCCAGGAUCAAGGAUUCCCUUCACUAAGUCUAGCUGUAAGGACUUGCCCUACUUUCAACUUCCCAUUUUUAAUUGUGAUAAAGUUUUAUUAUAAAAUUUUAUAUAUAAAUAAAUAUUAUUAAUACCAAAUCUUUGGGAUUUUUUUUGAUGCAAGAAAUUAUUUAAUCACUAUUUUUUUUAAUAGCUUUACUUUAAAGAAAGGAUUAUCAAUUCAAAAUCUGAUGCUUGAAUUUGAUGUAGAUUCUCCACUUGUCCCUGAUAUUGCUUAUCAAUACAAAUUAGACAGAUCUAAAUAUGACUACAUAGCAAGAGAAUGGACAGAACUCUAUGCUAUAUAA